AUGCGCCGUAACUCUAGAGGCUCGACCCGUGGCGACAAGCCGUUACCAUCCGUACCAGCAAUGACUACUAUUGCACGAUCGUCACCGUCACUAUCACCUGCAUCCUCUGCCGUGCCAUCCCAUCUGAACGGCAGUUUUGCCUCUGGAGGCCUUUCGCGAACCCUGUCCACCAUUCGUGCCGUUACUAGCUUUGACGACAAACCGAGACAGUCGUUUGACGACGCAUCCUCAACCAGUUCACCAUCCCUCACCCGAAAUUCCAACUCGGCAUUCUCCAGCUCUGUCAACAGCAACGUCAGCACGUCAUCAUUCACCUCACAGCCACAAUCCCCUCCGGGCGACUCAAAAUCCAACGGCGGACGCUUAAAACACAGCGCGGCGGUUGCAUCGCUCCCCUCCGGUUCCAGGGUUUCCAACCUUGAGGUCCCCUCGGCCCGCUCUGACAGCUCCACAAUACGGCCUGACAUGGGCACUCCCUCACGGGAAAGUAGUUUGUCAAAGGGUGCUAGCAAAAUGCCCAUUGCAGCAAGCAUGAGUGUCACCUCAUUUGACUCACCCACUGGCGGCCGGGGAGGUUUCAAUGACUCAGCAGGAAAUAGAGAUGCUAUGACCGAUGGCCAACAAGUGGAUGGCGUGGGCGGCAAUGGGUGGGAUUCGACUGUUGGAAAGGCAGGCUUGGGAAAGACAGGACGCGUGAUUAAUCGUCUCGUGUCCGACAACGAAGCCUUAAAACGGGAUCUCAAAAUCGAAGCGCUGAAAGCUGAAGAAGCGAAACAGGCAGCACGCCUGCUUGAGGACAAGAUGGAACGCAUCAUCUCAGACUACGAGAGCCAGUUGUUCGAGGCCAGCGUGACCAAGACGUUGCUUGCACGCAAGGAACGGCAAGUCGAAAGCCUACAAGGCAUCGUCCAGCUCGAGAAGAAACGGACCACUGACGCGCAAGAUCGCGAACGUACUUGGCGCGAGGAGAUGGAAAAAAUCAAAUUCGACUCCAAGCGGCAAGUUGAAGAGGCAACCGGACACGCUGCGCUGAUGGAGGGCCGCUACAAUGCCAUCAGCAGCCACUGGCGCGACCAAGGCGAAACUGUCAAAAGGGCCGCUGCUCGCAUGGGCAAGGACGUUAAGGAGUUGUCCGAGGCGCGGCGGCAAGACGACGAAAAGAUCAACAUGCUCCGCGACCUCUGCGACCAACAGGACAGCAACAUCAAGCUUCUUAUACAGCAAAAGGAAGACAUCGCCCGCAAGUUUGCUGAAUACAAGAAAGAGCAAGAAGAUUUGCUGCACGACAUCAAGACGAAUGCUGCAAGGCGCGAGGCCGAGCAGGAGGGUACGCUGGAAGAAGCCCGCCAAGUCCUCGACAAGCUGAAGUGGUCACUCAACAUAAAAAAUACCAUCGACUGGGCUUCCUAA